AUGGAGACAGAGGAAGCACUCCGGAGCGAUGCAGCCAAGGUUUGGACUGCGGCGUGUUCGCUAUAUCCUGACUUGGCGUAUGCGUUCAGCCGCUUUAAGCAGAGGGAGCUCUUCUUGUCCACGGUGGCCGCGCUGCUGUCGACGCUGCUGUCUCACACCUACCAUCCAGGCAUGGGCUUCGAGCAGUACGUUCGGCUGCUGCACUGCUUGCUGUUUCCGGUCGGGGAGUACGACCCCGAGGAUCCUCGAGCUCAGCUUCGCCGACUGGUGCUGCUCGUCAUGGCUCGGCAUCAGAGAUGCUUCCGGGAAUGCAACUGCGACAGGCUGAUGGCCGUGGCAACUUGGCCUUCGUCGCUUCAGAGUGACGGUUCAGAUGUCUCAGGGGAUGGGUCGGACUAG